UUACAGUUUGAACACGGAGGAUAUAUAUGGGCAGGCAGGCGGGCAGGCACUGACAACCAGAGGAUUGACGCAUCACAACCCAUCACAACACAAUAGCUGCUGAGAGCCAUGAGGAUCAUCAACAUUGGUCCAGACCUGUCUCUGGCAUAUCGGCCAAAUUUGGAGACGGGUAAGGCGAAAGACAAGGAAGACUACAGAAACUUUGAGAGCGGAAGCCUAAUUGACCGUGUCUUCAACACGUACAGCCUCAUGCACACCAAUCAAACAGUGGAGUUUGUAAACCAAAAGCACACUGAAUGGAACGGUUGUAACCACACCCGGAUGGGGAUGAUGGAUGCCAUCAUGUCUCUAGACCAGCUUGUGGAUGAGUCUGAUCCUGAUGUGGACUUCCCCAACUCCUUCCACGCUUUCCAGACUGCUGAAGGCAUCCGCCAAGAACACCCAGACAAAGAAUGGUUCCAGCUGGUUGGUCUGAUCCAUGAUGUCGGAAAGAUCAUGGCUCUCUGGGAUGAACCGCAGUGGGCUGUAGUGGGAGACACUUUCCCCGUUGGCUGCAAAUUUCAAAACUCCAUUGUGUUCAGAGACAACACCUUCCUCAAAAAUCCAGAUGAAAAUAAUCCAAAAUACAACACUGAGUUUGGGAUCUACGAACCAAACUGUGGCCUUGACAAUGUCCUCAUGUCCUGGGGCCACGAUGAGUAUCUCUACAGAGUUACGAAGUUCAACAAGUGCCCCAUCCCAGAGGAGGGCUUAUACAUGAUUCGCUUCCAUUCCUUCUACCCCUGGCACUCCCAUGGAGAUUACAUGCACCUGUGCAACGAUAAGGACUUGAAGAUGCUGCCCUGGGUCAAAGAGUUCAACAAAUUUGACCUGUACACAAAAACCACUGAUCUGCCUGACGUCAACAACCUGAAGGUGUACUACCAGUCUCUGAUCGACAAGUACUGUCCUGGAGUACUGCAGUGGUAAAACGGACCAAAAGGAACAUUUAAAAAAGAAAAAUCAACAGCAACACUGUUAGAAAUCGGCUAGUGGAAUGAUUUUACAUACCUAUACUGUGACACUCUGACUAAAUGUAUAGCUUUAUAAUAACACUAUAGCUGGACUUGGUGUCUUUCUGUAUAUAGUUUAGUUUUUACUGAAUAAAUCAAUCUUAUGUUGUGCAUACUAAUCAUUAUAAUAAUGCCUAUUUUAUACAAUAAAGCAUGUACAAAUCAAAAUUUCUCUUUUAUUGUACUGUUACAUAUAUAAAAAAUUUUCAAAACACUACAGUGUUCCAUGUGUUUUAUUUGAAAUCUUAAAAAAAAAAACAAAAAAAAAACCCAAAACACACAUAUGUUUGUAGAAAAGGGGAAAAGUGCUUGUGUGAUUUAGUUCUGUACAUACAGCAAGACGCAAACAACACAGGCAGGAGACAAACGGUGCCAAACAGUAGCGUCAACGCUACACAAACCACAUCAUCGUUUCAUUCUACAUGAUUUGUUUGUUUGUUUUUAACUGGGUUUCUCCAGAUGUUCAGCAGUAUAUGUCAGAGCUGACAAGGAAGGCAUUAAAAUGUUUAAAAACCUUCUGCAAAGUGAUGAAGCAGAAAUACAGAGAGGUACGGUGUGGUGCAGUGAAGUGUCGGUGAAACAAGGCAGGCAUGUUGUUAAUGAGUGGCUGAUCGGGAAACACAAAAAUACAGAAAACAUCUUCUUUGGUCAUCUUGGUAACAUUUUAUAAAGGCAGACGUGA